GCCCGCCCACGUCCGGCGGUUUGCUGCCAGACACGCCGGUCCCUGCGCUCCUAGCCCGGGAGGCGUGGCACCGCCGGGGCUGCGGACCGGGAGGGAAAGCUCGGCCAGGAUGGGGUUUGCCGGGAGGCAGGGCCGCUCCUUCGCGGGGAUGCUGACCGUCAGCCUGCUCCUCUUCGCCGGGGACGGGACCGCAGGGGCGGCUGAGUGCCCUGACCAGAGCCCCGAGCUGCAGCCCUGGAGCCCAGGCCAUAACCGAAACCACCGCGUGUUCAUCGGCCGGGGCCAGGCUCUCCUGCUGACCUCGUCUGCCACCGUGCACUCUAUCCACAUCUCAGACGGAGGAAAGCUUGUCAUUAAAGACCACGACGAGACCAUUGUUUUGCGGACCCGGCACAUCCUGAUUGACAACGGAGGAGAGUUGCAUGCUGGGAGUGCCCUCUGCCCUUUCCAGGGCAAUUUCAGCAUCGUGUUGUAUGGCAGGGCCGACGAAGGCGUCCCGCAGGACCCCUACUUUGGGCUGAAGCACAUCGGAGUUGGCCAGGGAGGCACCCUGGAGCUGCACGGACAGAAGAAGCUCUCCUGGACGUUUCUGAACAAGACCCUUCACCCAGGCGGCAUGGAGGAGGGAGGCUAUUUUUUUGAAAGGAGCUGGGGUCAUCGUGGAGUCAUCGUUCAUGUCAUCGACCCCAAAUCAGGGACAGUCAUCCAUUCUGACCGGUUUGACACCUACAGAUUCAAGAAGGAGAGCGAACGUCUAGUCCAGUAUUUGAACGCCGUGCCCAACGGCAAGAUCCUGUCGGUCGCAGUGAAUGACGAAGGGUCUCGGAACCUGGAUGACACGGCCCGGAAGGCGAUGACCAGGCUGGGCAGCAAGCACUUCCUGCGCCUGGGAUUUAGACACCCGUGGAGUUUCCUGACUGUGAAGGGAAAUCCUGCAGCGUCCGUGGAAGACCACAUUGAGUAUCACGGUCACGGUGGCUCUGUGGCGGCCCGGGUGUCCAAACUGUUCCGGUCGGAGCACGGCGAGUACUUCAGCGUCUCUUCAUCCAGCGAGUGGGUUCAAGACGUGGAGUGGACAGAAUGGUUCAACCAUGACAAAGUGUCAUCCACGAAAGGCGGGGAGAAAAUUUCAGACCUCCGGGCAGCUCACCCAGGAAAAAUCUGCAACCGUCCACUCGAUAUACAGGCCACUACAGUGGAUGGCGCUAACCUCACCACCGAGGCCGUCUACAAGAGAGGCCAGGAUUAUAGGUUUGUGUGCUACGACCACGGCCACGCCUGCCAGAGAUACCGUGUGCGUUUCCUGUGUGGGAGGCCUGUGCGGCCCAGACUCACCGUCGCCGUCGACACCAACGUCAACAGCACCGUCCUGACUCUGGAAGACAACGUGCAGUCAUGGAGGCCGGGGGACACCUUGGUCGUCGCCAGUACGGAUUACUCCAUGUACCAGGCGGAAGAGUUCCAGGUGCUCCCCUGCAGAGCCUGUGCCUCCAACCAGGUCAGAGUAGCAGGGAAACCUAUGUACCUGCACAUCGGGGAGGAGAUCGAUGGUGUGGACAUGCGGGCCGAGGUCGGGCUGCUGACCCGCAACAUCGUGGUCAUGGGGGAGAUGGAGGACAGGUGCUACCCCUACAACAACCACAUCUGCAGCUUCUUUGACUUCGAUACCUUUGGGGGUCACAUCAAGUUUGCGCUGGGGUUUAGGGCAGCGCAUCUGGAGGGCGUGGAGCUGAAGCACAUGGGGCAGCAGCUGCUGGGCCAGUACCCGAUUCACUUCCACCUGGCCGGCGACGUGGACGAACAGGGUGGCUACGACCCCCCCACAUACGUCCGGGACCUGUCCAUCCACCACACCUUCUCUCGCUGCGUCACCGUCCACGGCUCCAAUGGCUUGUUGGUCAAGGACGUCGUGGGCUAUAACUCCCUGGGCCACUGCUUCUUCACGGAGGACGGGCCCGAGGAGCGCAACACCUUCGACCACUGUCUCGGCCUCCUCGUCAAGUCCGGGACCCUCCUGCCCUCCGACCGCGACAGCAGGAUGUGCAAGACGAUCACCGAGGACUCGUACCCGGGCUACAUCCCCAAGCCCAGGCAGGACUGCAAUGCUGUGUCCACCUUCUGGAUGGCCAACCCCAACAACAACCUCGUGGACUGCGCUGCUGCGGGGUCCGAGGAAACUGGAUUUUGGUUCAUUUUCCACCACGUGCCAACGGGCCCCUCGGCGGGCAUGUACUCCCCGGGCUACUCGGAGCACAUCCCCCUGGGCAAGUUCCACAACAACCGAGCACAUUCUAACUACCGCGCUGGCAUGAUCAUAGACAAUGGCGUCAAGACGACCGAGGCCUCCGCCAAGGACAAGCGGCCCUUCCUCUCUAUCAUCUCUGCCAGGUACAGCCCUCACCAGGACGCCGACCCGCUGAAGCCCCGGGAGCCGGCCAUCAUCCGGCACUUCACCGCCUACAAGAACCAGGACCACGGGGCCUGGCUGCGCGGCGGGGACGUGUGGCUGGACAGCUGCCGGUUUGCUGACAACGGCAUUGGCCUGACCCUGGCCAGCGGCGGGACCUUCCCGUACGAUGACGGCUCCAAGCAGGAGAUAAAGAACAGCCUGUUUGUUGGCGAGAGUGGCAACGUGGGGACUGAGAUGAUGGACAACAGGAUCUGGGGCCCGGGAGGCUUGGACCACAGCGGAAGGACCCUCCCCAUAGGCCAGAAUUUUCCAAUCCGAGGAAUUCAGUUCUACGAUGGCCCCAUCAACAUCCAGAACUGCACCUUCCGCAAGUUCGCGGCCCUGGAGGGCCGGCACACCAGCGCCCUGGCCUUCCGUCUGAACAACGCCUGGCAGAGCUGCCCCCACAACAACGUGACCAACAUUACCUUUGAGGACGUUCCGAUCACUUCCAGAGUGUUCUUCGGGGAGCCCGGGCCCUGGUUCAACCGGCUGGACAUGGACGGGGACAAGACGUCGGUGUUCCAUGACGUGGACGGCUCCGUGUCCGAGUACCCCGGCUCCUACCUCACCAAGGCCGACAACUGGCUGGUCCGGCACCCAGACUGCAUCGACGUCCCCGACUGGCGAGGGGCCAUCUGCAGUGGGCGCUACGCACAGAUGUACAUUCAGGCCUACAAGACAAGUAAUGUGCGAAUGAAGAUCAUCAAGAAUGACUCCCCCAGCCACCCGCUCUACCUGGAGGGGGCCCUGACCAGGAGCACCCACUACCAGCAGUACCAGCCGGUCAUCACCCUGCAGAAGGGCUACACCAUCCACUGGGACCACACGGCCCCGGCCGAGCUCGCCAUCUGGCUCAUCAACUUCAACAAGGGCGACUGGAUCCGGGUGGGACUCUGCUACCCGCGAGGUACCAGCUUUUCCAUCCUCUCGGAUGUCCACAACCGCCUGCUGAAGCAGACGUCCAAGACGGGCACCUUCGUGCGGACCCUGCAGAUGGAGAAAGUGGAGCAGAGCUUUCCGGGCCGCAGCCACUACUACUGGGACGAGGCGUCAGGGCUGCUGUUCCUGAAGCUGAAGGCCCAGAACGAGAGGGAGAAGUUCGCCUUCUGCUCUGUGAAGGGCUGCGAGAGAAUCAGGAUUAAAGCUGUGAUACCCAAGCAUGCGGGCGUCAGCGACUGCACAGCCACAGCGUACCCCCGGUUUGCCGAGCGAGCCGUCGUGGACGUGCCGAUGCCCCGGAAGCUGGUUGGUGCUCAGCUGAAGACGAAGGACCGCUUCCUGGAGGUGAAGAUAGAAAGUUCCAAGCACCGUUUCUUCCACCUGCUGAACGACCUCGCUUACAUUGAAGUGGACGGCCGGAGGUACCCCAGCGUGGAGGACGGCAUCCAGGUGGUGGUGGUGGACGGCAGGCAGGGCCGCCUGCUGAGGCACGCAAGCUUCCGGAGCGCCCUGCUGCAGGGUGUCCCGUGGCAGCUCUUCAGUUACGUGGCGGACGUCCCCGACAACUCCAUAGUUCUCAUGGUAUCGAAGGGAAGACACGUCUCCAGGGGCCUGUGGACUCGAGUGCUGGAGAAGCUCGGGGCGGACAAGGGGCUCCGGCUGAAAGAGAAAAUGGCAUUUGUUGGCUUCAAAGGCAGCUUCCGGCCCACCUGGGUGACCCUGAACACCGAGGACCACAAGGCCAAAAUCUUCCAAGUCGUGCCCAUCCCUGUGGUGAGGAAGAAGAGGCUGUGAGGACGGCUGUCACCCUGAGGCCACCCCAUGUGGACUGGGGUGGUGGACUCUUGGCAGCAGGCCAGGGUAGGGUGGCUGGUCCCCGCAGCCGCUGUGCAGAAAGGCUGUGGGUCCGGGUAGAGGCCCAGGGAAGGAUACGCGCCCCCUGGCAGCUCCAUCUGCCCCGACUCGUGUCUGCCCGCAGCCCCAGGACGGUGCUGGAGACCUGUCCUCCCUGCAGUCUCCCGGGUGCUUCCCUCCCCGCCGGCCUCUUCCGUGGGGGUGUAG